AUGGCCGUGUUUCCUGUGGAGUUUCCCCAGCGCCCUGUGGAGUUUCGCUCGCAACUUGCCGCAGGAUACGAAGAGCGACAAGAGCAGUUCGAGUCCAAACGUGAAGAACUGCAGAAGAAGAUCAACACCUUGUUAGAGUCGAAUAAGAAGCUUAAGAACCAAUCCCUGGACGAAGAGAUGGAUCAGAUUCGAAAGGCCAAACGUUAUGAGAUGGACGUGGACGGUGUGAUUACGCGCUACGACUCGGACGUCAAGGACCUGGCGAAGAACUACAGUGAAAAUGCGGAGCACUUGAAGAAGGAGCAACGGCAACUGAACGACCUCCGCGAACACUUCCAGAAGGUGGAAGAAGAAAACAUGGCCAUUAUGAAGGAGGAGGCACAGCACAUUCCCCAGAGAUUCUUUCGGAACCAUGGCCAUGUCGAUGGAAAAAGCGACCUCCAUGAAGCAGACAUCAUUGUGGGAGAGGAGGAUCGAGAGUCGAGCAUUCGGAGAUCCAAGACUGGUCCCACGGUGGCCGCACCACGGGAGAAGUUGGACUCUUUGGAUUUGGACUCCGUCAAGUUGGAAAGCUGCUCUUUGGCAAUGGGAUGGGGCCGACAGAUCUCAGUGAACGUACAAGCGAGCAUUGGCAACUACACUCUUGAGGAGUGCUUGGGUCAGGGCGCGUGUAGCAGCGUCUACCGAGGCCGACAAGGAGACAAGGAGGUAGCCCUGAAGUUGAGGGAGGCUCUGGAUGAGGACAUGAUUGCCAAUUGUCGUGAAGAAUUCGAAGUCUUGCGGCAGCUGCGGCAUCCAAACAUCAUUCAGGCCCUUGACUUUUUUGUUCUCAGUCAAAGGACCUGCUUGGUCCUGUCCUACCACGACGCACGGAAUCUGACGAAAGCUGUGAAGAUGGGCCCCAUGCCUGAAGCUACAACGAAGCCUCUCUUCCGGAUGUUGUUGAAGGCACUGGACUAUCUUCAUUGCAAGCGGGUUCUCCAUCGAGACGUCAAGGGAGAUAAUGUCUUGGUUUCCCAUGAUGACACGCAACUGUGGCUGGCAGAUUUCAAUACCGCUCGUCAGCUUAUGGCUGGUGGCUCCCUCACCAUGACAGGUACCUGGGAAUAUUCACCCCCGGAGGUGAUUGUUGAAGGCGAGUCCGCUUCAGAGAAGGCGGACGUCUGGGGCGCGGGGCUCUGUGGCUAUUUGAUGCUGAAAGGCAAGCUGCCACUGAAGUUUUCGGCCUACGAAUCCCCCAGGGCCUAUGGAGAAGCCUGUGUGAAGAACCCGGUGACGUGUACAGAUCCCUCCUGGGAAGCCUUUUCUUCGGAUUGCUGCGAAACCUUGCGCCGCUGUCUUCACGUCGACAAGAAUUGCCGCCCGGCUGCUAUGGUGCUGUUGGCCAUGUCCUGGCUCGCGGAUUCCAUCGUGGCACGGCGACGUUUGAAGCCCGGAAGACGACACACACUCCUCUCCGGGACCAUUGAAGACGGCGACGGCAAAGCAGUGCCCUGCAUUAAGAAGAUCCAAAGUCUGGGAUAA